CUGUUUUAGAAUAAUCUAGAUCUUUCAAGUGAUCAUAAACGGUUGAAUUCGGUAAAGUUAACAUGUCACUGAUCUCUUGUGUCUGAUACAGGAAACGGUUGAUGCAAAUCGACUUUUUUGCAAACGAUUUGCAUCAACUGAUUCCUGUAUCAACUUAAACCAACCUUCUAGAAGGUGCAUCUUCGCCAUCUUCGAUAUCAAAAUUGGCGAAAUUUUGCAAACUAGUUCUGAAAUUGGCAUAUUGUUAACAGUCACAUCGUUUAAUGAGAACCUUCACAAAACUCUUAAAAAACUUUAUAAAACACUGUACCUAUAAUUUAAUGAUAACGAUACUGGCAUUAUCGAAUAAUCCUAACCACCUCAACUAAUAGGCAGAGAUUAAAAAUAAUCGAUCAGUCAAAAAACUAUUCUGUAUUUUGCAAUAAAUAACACAACUUUUUUAAACAUUAAUUUGUGUUUUAAUAAUGGUGUUCGACUACUUCGACAAGUACACAUUCUUAUGUGAAAUGUAUGACGAAAAUGCAGACGAAAUAGUAGAUUUAGUCUUAAAUUUCUUUCCGUUUGAUAAUUCAGUACAAAUAAUAAAUUCUAGAAAAGGUAAAAAUUUGCUGAAACGUGUUCAACUGUCACCACUGAAAUUAGAAAUGCUACAAAUUGGUAACAUAGUAAAUAUAUACUCUAAAUUACUCUAUGUAAAAGAUUGUGCGCCGGUUACAAGAAGAACGUUAUUUAGUAACGUACAAAGCACAUUUGCACUGAUCAAACCUGUUCCGUCAAGUUCACACGGUAAGAUAAUCACGUUCAUAAUGAAAAAAGGGUUCCGUAUAGUUCGUAUGAAAAAUGGAAAAAUCAGCAAAGAUUUUGCUAUGGAAUUGUACAAAAGUAUAGCUGGAAAUAAUAUGCUGCCGAUUAUCAUAGAUUAUGUUACUAAUGGCGAAGUGAUUGGAUUGGAACUGGUGGCUCCCGAUGCAGUGAAAAAGUGGAGACAAUGUCUAGGCGCGACAGAUCCGCUUGAAGCAGCACCCGGUACUUUACGGCAACUGUAUGGAGAUAAUAAAGUUCAAAACGUUGCACACGGUUGCAACACACAGGAAGAGGCAUUACAGAUGCUGGAAUUAUUCUUUGGUUACGACAAAGGAAUACCACGUAUUCCAUUUCGAGCAACAUUCAAAGAUUGCACCUGUUGCGUCAUAAAACCGCAUGCUGUCAUCGAAGGCAAUGUGGGUUCGAUUCUGGAACAGAUAUCCACAUCGGACAAAUUUUACAUUUCAGCUAUAGCUAUGUUUUCGGUAAAACUAGCAAACACAGAAGAAUUUUAUGAAAUAUAUAAAGGAGUACUCCCAGAAUACGAGGAUAUGUGUAUUCAUAUGGCAGAAGGAAAAUGUAUCUCACUGGAAGUUAAAUGUAAAGACCCCAGCAUGAACUGUGUUUGCGAAUUUAGAAAACUAUGCGGACCACGAGACCCUGAUUUGUGCCGACAGCUCUAUCCAGACUCUAUUAGAGCACAAUAUGGGAAGAAUAUUAUACAUAAUGCAGUGCACUGUACCGAUCUUCCUGAAGAUGGAGAACUGGAAGUGGAAUAUUUUUUUAAACUUAUGGCUAACAAUUAAAUCAAUACUUUAUACAAUUAAUACAUAUUUAUUUGAGGUAAAUAUUAGCUAAUAUAUAACUAUGAAUAAUGUACAUUUGCUGUUUUCCUCAAUAAAUUUAUGGCUGGCUAAAGCCCUGUGCUUUUCAUCUGUAUCAUAAAAAGUUAUAAGCCUGUUCUAUGGAAUCUACCUAUUAACACAUUCAAUAAUAUUAGAUUUGGUACCAUACUGCAGAUUUAAUUACUUUUUUUAAAUGGUUCCAAAUCAAAUCCUACACGCUUUUCAAUCAUAACAUCGUAAUUGUCACA